CCGGAGUGGCGCUUCCGCACCGUCCAUUUUAUUUGUCCACGCAUCCUCCACGUACGGUCUCGGUGGCGCCACAAACUCUCCAUCCCCGUACACGUUUGAUGAUGACACAUCCUCCCUAUAUGGUGGCAAGGCGGCCCUUACCGUUCCUGUAUCCGUGUCUGUCACCCAUGUCGCCUCGCUAUACAUCGUCCCAGCCCGUGCCGGCGUCCGCUCAACCGGCGACUCCGCAUGCCAAGUUGGCGACGAUACCAUGUUGUGGCUGAGCGGUGAUACCGAUGCCGGCGGCCCGUUUUCUGAAACCGUC